AUGGGGUACCUAGUCGUGGUCGUGUUGACCCCCAUUGUCCUCCUCCCUAUUAUCUUCAGUGUGGAUGAGAAGAAAGCAGCUGGUUGUGGUUACACCAUCGCCGUGAUGGCCAUCUUCUGGCUGACGGAGUGUCUGCCCAUAGCUGUGACGUCACUGCUUCCUGUGGUCCUGCUGCCGGCGCUUGGGGUGAUGUCUGCCAAAACUGUUUCCGCUUCCUAUUUAAAUGAUACAUCCAUGAUGUUUUUGGGAGGUAUCACUGGUGCUAUAGCUAUUGAGAUCCAUGGCGAUCACCUUCUACUGGGCAUGUCCUUGGUCACCUGGUUUCUAUCAAUGUGGAUCUCUAACACCGCUACCACCGCCAUGAUGAUGACCACUGCCCAGGCGCUCCUGCAGCAGUUCAGAGACUUUAAAGACGUCCAUUCAGCAAACGGUUCCUCCACCAAC